AUGGACGGAGGCAAUCGAGAAGAGGAGGAUCUUCGCCAUAUGCAAGGCCCUGGCCUGGCGGUAGCUUCUUCUUCCCAGUCGCCCUACCCGACCUAUUCCCACGACAACGGCGACCUCUCCGCCCACCACCCUCCCUCCCGACAGCAGCACGCCACCACGACCCGCUCGACGACACCAACAGCCCUCGCGCCGACUCCCGUCACGACCUCCUCUUCAAACGCUACUUUCCCCGCCCAGGGAGGAGCGUUUGGCAGCCCGGACGAUUUCUAUCGCAGCUAUCGAGGCGUCGACAUCGCCAGCGACAACUCGCUGGCCUCCCUGUCCCAUGACCCAAUGGCCUCGGCCGUGCCCAACACCCGUCACCCCCCAGCGUCACGGUCAAACAGCAAUGCUGCCUCGUCCAAGCCCCCGGCUGGAUCAGGCACCCGGGUCGGCACCAGGCCGAUGUUUCGCUCAGCUUCCAAUCCGGUUGACGACAGAUUCGCGGGCACUGAUGGGCCCAGGAUGCGGUCGGCUACCGGCACCGGCACCGGCAACACCCUCCCGGCCUCUACUGUCCGGGCAAGCGUAAAAGACAUGAAGAAGAAGUUCGAACAGAAGGGGCCACAACCGUCGCCCGACCCACGGCGAGCCGUAUCGCGGACUAACACCAAUGCCAAGGAUGGUGCCGUAAAUGGAGCAAAUGGGCGCGCCGCGGUUGGAAGUGCACAGUCAUAUUCAUCAUUACGUACGACUGGGGCGAACCCAUCCAGAUCCAGCUCGUCUCGUGGCACCCAGAGGACCAAAUUUCUCGCCGAGGACCAAGUCUCGACGAAUUCCCAGUCCUUUGCGAGCCGGAUCAACAGACCAAAAGGCGCUGCGGCGUCCACUGCGCAUGCGUCGAGGUCCAUGACUCACUUGUCGCCCACGGCAUCGCCGAUUCAACAACCCAACCCUAUACCCUCUGAUUUGGAGGGACCUCUCUUGUUUGGCGAAAUACGACAAGGCGACCUCGACGCGGAGACGCCUGGGUACGGUAUAGGAAACCUCUCAGAUUCAACAGCGGAUAAUCCCAUGUGGCAACAACAUCAGCGCACUCAGUCAGAUGCCGUGGCAGAGCCUGCAUCACCGACUGACUGGUACCGUGGGGCGGCCUCUCCCCAAAAGAACGGUCUCCCCGACUUGGACAGCCCUGGAAAGUCUCAUGGCAGGUCUCAGAGUGACCUCGCCGGUGCUAAACUCCCCCCAAUCAACACUAAUGCACAAUUUCGAAGACAUGUAGAUCAAUCGCCUUCGCCGCACGCAUCAUCCUCGUCUCGGCUACCCAUCUCAGUCAAAAAGCUGAACUCGACCUCCGACUCUGCCAGUCCUGCUUCCACGCGGUCCAACUCGCCGGCCGGGUCAAGGCGAGUGGCAGCUAGUGGUAGGACGUCACGGCAACAGGGCACUCCAACCUCGCGUGCCAAGACCCCAGUUACCCGGUCAAAGACACCGACCGCCAGCACGCCGUCUGCCCGUAAGACGGCAACGCCCACGCCAGGCUCGAACAAUGCACGACUGGCGGCCACCCUAUCACCCGCGCCGAAAAACUCUCCCCAACUUCGAAGUUCCAGGCCCCGACAGCCAGUUUCUGAAGCGACAACGGCAGCCUCUAGGCUAAAAGCCGUCGACCAGUCCAAGUCUCCACACAAGAAUGCAGUCCGGCCAACGGCCAGGCCCGAGUCGAGGCAAGAAACGCCGUCGAGUCGAAGGAGAAAGCUGUCCUUGGGCGGUCCCGUCGACUUUGCCGAGCGGCGAGAGACGAUCAAGCUCAAGUACAGCAAGUCAAUCCGCGAGACCGAGGCCAAGCAGGCAAGAGAAGCUGCCGCCGAGAGGAGAAGGAAGGAAUUAGAGGCUGCUGCGAAGGCCAAAGCGCGCGCGAAAGCCAGGGCUCAGGCGCAAGCUGCCGCGGCCGAGGCUGCAGCCGCCUCUGCCCAAGCCAGAGAGCGUGUAAAGUCCACUGAUCCCAUACAGCGCGAAGAUCCACAGGCCACACCCGGAGCCGCACCAGCGAGCGAGCCGUCCUUAAUGGUCGAUGUCAAGACACCACCAAGCCCUGCCCGUGCGAAUCCACCCGCCCUGGUGCUCGAUUCGCCGACCCUUGGGCUCCCAGGCACUUUUCCGAGCUUUGGCUCACCGCCUCUGGACCAUGAAGAGGCGCCUCCGUCCGCUGUAUCGGAAACGAGUGCAAUCACUGAGUUUGACAAUGAAACCCAGACAGAGCCGCCUGUACCUGAGCAGUCAGUGCAUGUGCCGGGCCCGCAAGGUUGGUCAUGUGUCAGCAGUGCUGAGGUUGGGGAACAGCCUCCCCCGCAGCUAACGCCAGCCUACGAGAGAGCAACGUACCGUGACCCUUUUGAAGACAUUGUGGAUCACGAGACUGUUUCCAUCAAAAUAUCACUGGAUCCCUCGUCACCUCACACCUCCACCCAGGAACCAUUACCUGGUGAUGGGUUCGAGGCUGCGCCCCCGAUACCUGGCGCAUUUGGAGAUGACCUUGAGCCUGAACCAGAGCAUGAUUCUCAACACUAUCUCGAUGACACAGCAGAUGCAGAAACCGAACCUGAGGCUGCGGGCGAGCACCUGAUUGAGUCAAAUAUUGAGCAGCGGGGCUCGGGAGGUCGACAGGACGAUGAGUACGAGCCUCAGCCGUACGUGGCACAACCAUACCAGACAACUACUGUCACUAUCAUCAGUCGCGAUGCUGGCUUUGGGCCUCCCACCUACGCCGAGCAAGCUGCACGGAACAUGCUGUCACAACAGGAGCCGCGGAUGGAUUCUCUCGAGGAGUUCUACACUGGACCACGACUGAACGACAACAUAGCAAGCCUGAGGGACUCAACCUUCACAGCUUCAGAUGCGGGCACCUCGGAGGGGCCUUCAGGAUCCGCUGAUGCGCAUAAUACUCCUGAUACCUCCAACAGUCUCAACGUUCCUUCCAUGACAACGCCAGCCAACAGGUCCAGUCAACAGUCGAUAUGGACCGAUAUUUCCUACAGCAGUCGAGACUCCAUGACUCGGCGUCUUGACUACCUUGACGAGCUAAGACACAGCGGCGCUGAUGAAUCACGGCCCCAAUCGGUGAGGGAUGACGAGCCGACAUACCAGCAUCGAUACUUUGCAGGCAGCUUCGGUCACGAUAGAGACGACGACACAUUAUCCGAGCAAAAUCGCCAUCCGCAGCUGCCACAUCUCGACACAGGAUCAGGACUAUCCGCAGCGUAUGGCACUGAGAAUGAGCAUGCACCGUACGUUCCAAGAUUACCGGAUCAUUCUCCGCCCCCGCCCCCAGAGGAUGCUUCACGGCCCACCAGUGGAUACUACGACGGACACAGCGAUGCUCACAGGCCCGACAGUGCUUUGACAAGGGAUGAUCAUGGAUCAAUCAGCUUCCCCCUAUCUCGAAGGGACAGUGAAGAUUACCACAACCAAUCCUCGACUUCACAGUCGCCCGACGGACGCUCGUUGGCCACCGAUGGCGCCACUCCCGCCCAAACUCCUGUGGAUGGCGACGGUAAAGCUUCUGUAAAUGCAGACGACAAACAUGGGUCUGGGGGCAAGGGAAAGAACCGUCUGCAUCAACGAUCCAUGGUAAUCAAAGAGCUUGUGGACACCGAGGCGGUGUUUGUGAGAGACAUGAAUGUCAUCGAGGAGAUUUACAAAGGCACGGCAGAGGCGUGCCCGCAGCUCGACGACAAGACGAUCAAAUUGAUCUUCCGUAACACGGACGAGAUCAUUAAUUUCCAUACAACAUUUUUGAGCGAGCUCAAAGACGGCGUCACGAGUGUGUACGUGCCGAAAGGUCGACGGUCUCCUGUCAUGAAGGAGGACACAACCAUGUCAGAUGCUACCACAAUCCGAUCGGUUGCUUCGACGACACCGUCUGCUGUGCCUUCGACUGCAGCCUCUUCGACGACGGCAGUUUCUGUCUCUGGCACCACCGCGAUAAAUGGGGACACAGAAGACGCCAAGGACCGACAAACCAUAAUCGGACCAGCGUUCAUCAGAAACAUAGAGCAGAUGAAGGCAGCACACGAAGGAUUUCUGCGCACCAGCGACGUCGCCAACAAGCGUCUGAUCGACAUACAACAAGAUCCCACCGUCAAGGUUUGGUUAAACGAGUGCAAUGAAGUCGCCAAGGAUUUGACAGCAGCUUGGAACUUGGAUUCUCUCCUGAUCAAGCCAAUGCAGAGGAUCACCAAAUAUCCAAACUUGAUCUCUCAACUGCUCCAAUACACCCCGGAGGAUCACCCCGACCGAGAGGGGCUCUUGACCGCGAGGACGACAGUCGAGAACGCGAUCUUGGACAUCAACAAGACAAAAAAGAACUUUGAGCUUGUUGGACAAAUCGUGGGCAGGAAGCGCAAAGAGUCAGACGUGAAGGCUGGGUUCGCCAGAGCUUUUGGAAAGAGAGUGGACAAGCUGCAGACCUCGAGCAACAGGCCACCCGAGGAUCCUGACUACCUCAAGUUCAACGAGAAGUUCAGUGACGACUACCUGCGGCUGCAGGUCGUUCUCCGGGACGUCGAGUUCUACACGAGGCAGGUUUCCACCUACGUCCAGGCGUUUCUGGAUUACCUGUCCGGCAUAGAGCUCGUGACUCGUCUACAGCCAGGUCCUUAUCCAGAACUGGAGAGCAAAUGGGUCCAAUUCAAUGUGUCUAUGAGAGACAUUAAAAAGGUGGCCUUGGACCAGCAUCUAUUACAAAUCCGGAAACAUGUCAUUGAGCCGUUUGAGCUUGUCAUUAGAAGUUACCAGAAUCCUCUCUUGGCGAUGAAGAAGCGGAACAAGAGGCGGCUCGACUAUGAGAAAUCUGUCCAGCUCAAGAAGAGCGGCAAGAAGCUGGACAAGCAGCUUGCGGAAUUGGUGGAGCACUACGAGGCUUUGAACGACACCUUGAAGAAAGAACUCCCGCAACUGUCUGCUCUCACCGAGAAGGUUGGCAACAUCUGUCUCGAGAACAUGAUCAACAUCCAGGCGAAAUGGUGGUUUAUAUGGAGGGAGAAGAUCCGCGCUGUAGCCUCCAUGACUGACGUCCCGGAGGUCAACGACAUAGUGAGCACCUUCAACCGCGAUUUCAGAGACAUGGAGGAGCAGAUCCUAGGCUUGGGCAUUCUCAACCCGACCGUGAAAACCAGGACGUCGCAGUCAACAAACGAUGACCACACGAUCUCCAAGAUCAAGUCAAAGCCUUCUGAUCUUGGAACACGGGGUCGUGGCAUGUCCGUCACAAGUGACCAGGCCCCGACUCUGCCAACACCGGAUUUCGUCAGGCAACACAGUGGACAACUGGCGAGGUCACCCUCGGCUGCCGCGGCCGGCUCCUCCAGUUACUUCUACCGCGACUACUACCAUGGCCUCAAUUCGCGCGGUCCAGCAUCACCCACAUCAUCUGAUUUCUCGAACCCCCCGCGCUCCUUCCCGGCCAUGACGCCGCGUCCGAGCACAGGACGAAGCUUUGACUCUGCCGGAGUUCCAAGGCCAAGUAUCGAUUCGGCGGCUCCUGUGCACGUGCGGCGCGACUCGAAUUCGACAAGCAAUGCGCCGCCAUCUGGCUCUGAUGGACGCCGGGGAUCGGGAUUGUUCCACUCGGCCAUGCCCCUGACGGAGAGCACAGAAGAGCUACAGCGCUCGUCACGAGCAUCCUCCCGUGAGCGCUAUAUUUCAAAAGGUUACAAUGUCCUAUGGCUCGCCGCAUCGCUCUUCGAAUUUAAUAUCGAGACAACGAAGCAUGAGGCUGGUUAUCCUUACUUGACAUACCAAGCCGGUGAAAUUUUCGAUGUCAUUGCUGAGAAGGGCGAGCUGUGGUUAGCCAAGAACCAGGACGAUCCCAGUGAUCUCGUGGGCUGGAUCUGGUCCAAACACUUUGCGAAAUUGGCAGACUCCUGA